AUGUCAGCCAGAUUGAUAAUGUCAGCAUUGGGCCGUAACGUCGCGUCGAGCAGCAGACAAGCUUCACGGCUGUCAUUAUCCCAGCAGGUAGCUGCUCCACGCUCAGCGUCAGCCCAGCUGCGAUCACAAUCACUGUUGCACGCACCUCGAUCCAUCAACUCAACAUCAUCUCAUGCUGCGCCUCGUCUUCAGCAACGAUGGUUCCGCACGGCACCUACGCUGCACAAUGACCGAUCACGAAUCGAAGCAUUCAUCCCCGAGACCUCCCCCUCAGCCGACUCUCACGCAUCCAAGACGCCUUCCAGCGACGAGUCAGCAGCACCCAUCCCAGUAACCGGCGAACGCACACCCAUUGGUCAUAUCGAACAGCGUCUCGCCAUCACAUUCACCUGCACCGUAGACGCGUGCGGCCACCGAAGCUCACACGAGUUCUCGAAAAGAUCCUACACCAAGGGCAUCGUCAUCGUCCAAUGUCCAGGCUGCAAGAAUCGCCACCUGAUCGCCGACAACCUCUCCUGGUUCACAGAGAAUGAGGGCGAACCCAGGACCAUCGAACAGAUGAUUGAGGCCAAAGGUGGCAAAGUCAGAAGAGGCACUGUGGAUGGCGAAACGGGAGAGACGAUCGAGAUUCUUUCUUAG